AUGAAAGAGACUGAUAUGGUUGUUGAUGAAGGUGAUGAUGUCACUGACUUUGACCAUCUCAGUAGUGUUGGGGAUGGUGAAGCGAACAAUAGCGCUGUUGUAGAGCCUGAGCUUGACUCAUUGGGUAAUGUUAAACUUACAGAAUUCAACAGCAAGAGUCCCAAGAACAAUAGUUCAGUGACCUGUGAGGAUGUGCAUGUCAACUUCACUCAGGAUGAGUGGGCUUUGCUGGAUCCUUCCCAGAAGAGUCUCUACAAAGACGUGAUGCGGGAGACCUACAGAAACCUCAUUGCUAUAGGCUACAAAUGGGAAGAUCACAAUUUUAAAGUACAUUGCCAAAGAUCUAGAAGGCAUGGAAGGCAUGAAGGAAGUCAUACUGGAGAAAAAGCCUAUGAAUGUAAUCAAUGUGGUAAAGCCUUUGCAAAUCACAGUAGUCUCCAAAUACAUAGAAGAACUCAUACUGGAGAAAAACCCUACAAAUGUAAUCAAUGUGGGAAAGCCUUUUCGCACAAUAGUAGUCUUAAAAUACAUAAAAGAAUCCAUAUUGGCGAGAAACCCUAUGAAUGUAAUCACUGUGGAAAACCUUUUUCACACCACAGUAGUCUCCAACUACAUAAAAGAACUCAUACUGGAGAGAAACCCUAUGAAUGUAGUCAGUGUGGGAAAGCCUUUGCACGUUACAGUCAUGUUCAAAUACAUAAAAGAAUUCAUACUGGGGAGAAGCCUUAUGAUUGUGAUCAAUGCAGUAAAGCCUUUGCAUGUCAAAGUAAUCUCCAAAUACAUAAGAGAGCCCAUACUGGAGAGAAACCCUAUGAAUGUACACACUGUGGCAAAGCCUUUUCACAAUACAGUCAUCUUCAGGUUCAUAAAACAACUCAUUCUGGAGUGAAGCCUCAUGUUUGUAAUCAAUGUGGGAAAGCUUUUGCACGUCAUGCUAAUCUUCAAAGGCAUAAAAUAACUCAUACUGAAGUACAAUGCUAUGAAUGCAAUCGAUGUAAGAAAGCCUUUUCCCAAAUGACUCUUCUCCAAGUUCAUAAAACAACUUAUCCAGGAGAGAAACCCUAUGAAUGUAAUCAUUGUGGUAAAGCCUUUACAUGCCAUAGUUAUCUUUAAAGGCAUGCAAAAUUCAUAUUGGAGAAUAAAUCUAUGAUUUUUAUCACUGUUAUAAAGACUUUGCAUAUCAACCUGGCCUUUGAAUCCAUGAAAGCAUUCAUCCAAGAGUAAAACCUAUAGUGUGUAGUAAGUUUGUUAAAGCCUUAUGUCAUAGUAGUCAUUGAGGACAUGAAAGAAGUGAGACUGUAGAGGAAUAUAUGAAUAUAAAGGAUUUUGUAUGAUCUUUAGUCAACAAACUUUUAUGUUUAAUUACGCAAGGUUGUUGUGAAGAAAAUCCUGACACUUUCAAUAAUCUAUUCAAGCAUUGUAAUGUCCCUCUGUAUUUUGUUUGCAACUACAACCUUAUGGAUAAAGGCCCCAUGUAAGGCAAACCUUUUAGUUAUUAUACUUCUCUUCAAUUACAUGAAGUAAAUCAUUCAGAGUAAAACAUUAUGGAUGUGUACUGGUGUUUUUUCUCUUCCCACAAUAAAACACAGUGUCUAAGGCAACUUUUAAAAGAGCUUAGUUUGACUCAUGGUUCCAGAGUGAAACAGGCAUCAAGUGAUAGACAUGACAGCUAAAUCAGGAAGCUCAAAGAUGACAUCCUCAACCCAAAGCAUGGAACAGAGAAUGGGAACUGAUAUGGUGUCAGGAUUUAAAGUCUCAAAACCCACCAUGAUUUCCUCUACAGGGUGGCUUUUCUCAACUUUUCCAAGUGAUACCAGCAACUGAGAAGUAUUGAUUCUAUGACUUUAGAGCUCACAUGCUUA